AAAGAUCGUCCAACAUUUUCCUUCCGGAGCGCCCCAAUUCCCUUAGCCAUGACUAGAAAGAAAGCCGCUCUGGCGUACAUCGCCAACGACGCCGCGAGGAAAGCCACUUUCAAGAAGAGGAAGAAUGGCCUGAUGAAGAAGGUGAGUGAGCUGAGCACGCUGUGUGGGAUCGAGGCGUGCGCCAUCGUCUACAGCCAAUACCAGGCCGAGCCGGAGGUGUGGCCGUCCACGCUGGGGGCGCGCCGGGCCAUCGCAAGGUUCAAGAACAUGUCGGAGAUGGACCAGAGCAAGCGGAUGGUGAACCAACAAGAGUUCAUCCGGCAGAGGAUCGUGAAGGCCGAGGAGCAGCUGAAGAAGCAGCUUCACGAGAACCGGGAGAGGGAGAUCGUGCAGGUGAUGUACCGGGUCCUCGUCGGGGAGGGGCUCCAGGGCCUGACCAUCGUGGAUUUGAACGACCUGGGGUGGAUGCUGGACAAGACCGGGAAGGAGAUCGAGGAGAGGAUCAAGAAGCUGAAGAAGUCCGCGCCAAGCUCAGAGCAGGCAGCGUCGGCGGAGCUGCAGGCAGAUAAGGCGGCUCCAGAGAACCAUGCUGCCUUGAAUGAUGUCGUGGCCGUGGAGGGCCUGGAGGCCACGCAGAACCAGCCUUGGUACAUGGACUUGCUGAAGCCGCGCAACGAGGGCGACGCCUUAAAUCUCGGCAGGAAUGACCCGAUGCCGUCGUACCCAUACGGAAACCCUGCUCCUUCAUGGUCCGACUUCUACUUCCCAUGA